CACCACUCAACAUCUUUCCUUGUUUGUGUUAUGACAGGAUGCAUUCAGAAGUACAUUUAAAAGUGCAUCGCACUCAGGUGAACAUACACAAUGGACGGGCGAGAUGGAAGAUCACCGAUUGUUGGGAAGGCAACUAAGGCAAACCAAGAGGGAAAUUAUAAAGAUCGCUGAUGAUUGGUUGCGCUUCCUUCGAACCCAACUCCUAUUGACACGAUUCGUAUCUCGACCAAUGUCGCCAGCAAGAAUGCUACAAAUUUCAGUGAGUUUGAUGAGCAAACUGCCAGAAUUUUAUGAUGUGCUCAGCAAAUUAUGA